AUGUCGUCCCAAGAGCAGAAGACAAACGCUGCCGAGAAGUCUGAGAUCGAAAGCUGCGUGAGUGAGGCUUCUGGUGCCCUGGUGAACACAGAGACAAUUUCUGAUAUCAAAACCACGGGUCCAGAAAUAUCUCCGACACCAAGCAGUGAGAAUGCUGGCACACGGGACAGCAGUGUUUCCAGCCCUCAGGGUACUGGCGAAAACGCUGGCAAUGGUGACCAGGGUUACGACCAAGACGAUGAUGAUGAUGAUGGCUCCAACUUUCCUGACAUGGAGGACUCGGACAAUUUUAUCAGUGGUGUGGAAAGCUCUUCCAGCCACCAAGAAUUUGAGGAAGGUGAGCUUGUGGAAGAGCAGGGUAUGGGAAGGCUGUUCCGCCACUAUGAGUUGGAGGCCGGUGAGGUUGUGGAAGCACAGAGUUUGCAAAGCCUAUUCCACCUCUGUGAACUGGAGGCAGGUGAUGUUGUAGAAGCACAGGGAGCUCAAAGCAUGUUCCGCCAUUAUGAGUUGGAGGAAGGUGAGGUUGUGGUGGUGCAGAGUGUGCGAAGCCUGUUCCACCACCAUGAACUGGAAGAAGGUGAGGUUGUGGAAGAGCAAGGAGUUCCAAGCUUGUUCUACUACAGUGGGUUGGAAGACGGUGAGGUUGUGGAAGCAGAGGGAAUGCAAAGCCUGUUCCACCACCAUGAGUUGGAGGAAGGUGAGAUUGUGGACCAGCCAGGAUUGGAAAACCCGUUCCACCACCAAGUGUUGGAGGAAGGUGACACUGUGGAUGAGCAAGAAGAAGAGUCUGACAUACAUGAACAGCCAAGUGAGGACAGCAGUGAACAAUGUGAUAUUGAAGAACAUAGUUCCCUAGAUGAAUGGAUGGCUUUAGAGACAUCCCCUCUCCCGAGACCUCGAUGGAAUGUCCUUAAUGCCCUUCGGGAUAGGCAGCUGGGUUCAAGUGCUCGCUUUGUGUAUGAGGCCUGUGGGGCAAGAGUAUUUGUGCAGCGUUUAUCCCUACAGUAUAUUUUUGAAGGCCAUGCCGGAAGUGUGAACACUGUGCAUUUUAAUCAGCGUGGUACCCUGCUGGCUAGUGGCAGUGACGAUCUAAAAGUGAUCCUGUGGGACUGGCUUCGUCAGCGACCAGUAUUGACCUUUAACAGUGGCAACAAAAAUAAUGUCUUAUCGGCUAAAUUUCUUCCUAAUUGUGGUGAUGCCCUCUUGGCUAUAUGUGGCCGUGAUGGGCAGGUACGGGUGGCACAGCUGUCUGCUAUGCCAGGAACCCGUAUGACCAAACGUUUGGUGAAGCAUGGGGGGCCAUCUCAUAGUUUGGCUUUGGAGCCAGACUCCCCUUUUAGGUUCUUAACUUCAGGUGAAGAUGCAGCUGUUUUCAGUAUUGACCUCAGACAAGCAAGUCCAGCUUCAAAGGUGGUGGUGACCAGAGAUGAUAAUAAGAAAGUGGGACUGUAUACAGUCUUUGUGAAUCCUGCCAAUGUCUACCAGUUUGCUGUAGGUGGGAAAGAUCAGUUUGUGAGGAUUUAUGACCAAAGGAAAAUUGAUCCGAAUGUCAACAAUGGAGUUCUCAAAAAGUUCUGUCCUCAUCACCUUCUUAGCUGUGAUUUCCCAGCAUACAUCACGUCUCUGAUGUACAGUUAUGAUGGCACAGAGCUCCUGGCUAGCUACAGUGAUGAAGAUAUUUAUAUCUUCAACUCUUCUGAAAGCGAUGGAGCCCAAUAUGCUAAGAGAUACAAAGGACACAGGAAUAACGCCGCAGUGAAAGGUGUAAAUUUCUAUGGCCCCAGAAGUGAAUUUGUGAUGAGUGGUAGUGAUUGUGGCCACAUCUUCAUCUGGGAAAAAUCAUGCUGCCAGAUUGUUCAGUUCUUGGAGGCAGAUGAAGGAGGAACAAUAAACUGUAUUGAUGCCCAUCCUUACCUACCUGUGCUGGCAUCCUGUGGCCCAGGCCACGAGGUCAAGAUCUGGGCACCCAUAGCUGAACCUUCCACAAAGUUUACUGAGUUAAAAACAGUGAUUAAAAUUAACAAGAUGAAACGAGAUGAUUUUAGCUUGGUGCGCACUUCCCUGUUUGACAACCACAUGCUUUGGUUCCUCAUGAGUCGUCUGACACAGGCAAAUUACCAACGAAACUGGAGAGGUAUUAGAAUUGAAGUCGGAGGAGGAGAAUUCAGUGACUCUUCCAGCAGCUCCAAUGAGGAAGAAAGCUGA